UAUUUUAGUCAGGCUAAAAUAGUCAACUACUAAAAUAGCCAACUUUCCAAAUGGAGCCUUUGAAAGAUGUGUACUCUAUUUAAUCCGAUAACCUUUGGAGUAGACCCAAAUGUCAUUGGUGUUUUCCUUAUUCUCUUUAUCUAUGUUUUCUUUCUUUCUCUUUCUAUUUCUCUUUCAAAUAUCUAACGACCAGCGAUCAUGCUUUUCUUAUUUUCUCUCUCUUUCUAAUAUAUAGUUAUCGAUGACCACUUGGGGUUCAUCGGCAACCAUUGAUUGCCAACUUCUUGCUUCACUCUUACCGACGACGAAGGAGAUGAGUUUUUGGAGAAGAAUCAGAUCUAAGUAGAUCUACAUCAAAUUCGUUCUUUGAUUCUAUCAUCAUAUGCCAUUGAGGUUUCUCAUGAUGGCAGAGCCAUUACUAUCGAUGGCGAGCGUCGAAUCUUAAUUUCAGGUUCCAUCCAUUAUCCACGAAGCACGGUUGAGAUGUGGCCCGAUUUGAUUAAAAAAGCUAAGGAAGGUGGACUAAAUACGGUUGAAACCUAUGUUUUCUGGAAUGUUCACGAGCCAAUUCGACGUCAGUAUGAUUUCACUGGCAAUAAUGAUCUUAUAAGGUUCAUUAAGACCAUUCAAUCCGAAGGACUUUAUGCUGUACUUCGGAUUGGACCUUAUGUUUGCGCAGAGUGGAACUAUGGAGGAUUUCCGGUGUGGUUGCACAAUAUGCCUGGCAUUGAGCUUCGGACAGCCAAUAGUGUGUUUAUGAAUGAAAUGCAGAAUUUCACCACCUUGAUAGUAGACAUGGUUAAGAAAGAGGGGCUUUUUGCAUCACAAGGAGGGCCUAUUAUUCUUGCUCAGAUUGAGAAUGAAUAUGGCAAUGUAAUUUCGUCGUAUGGAUAUGCCGGAAAAGCAUAUAGGGACUGGUGUGCAAAUAUGGCCAUCUCGCAAAACAUUGGUGUUCCAUGGAUAAUGUGCCAAGAGUCCGAUGCUCCCGAGCCAAUGAUCAACACAUGCAAUGGCUGGUACUGUGAUCAAUUCACACCAAACAGGCCCAGUAGUCCUAAAAUGUGGACUGAAAAUUGGACAGGAUGGUUUAAGAAUUGGGGUGGUCUAGAUCCACAUAGGACUGCAGAGGAUCUUGCCUUUUCUGUUGCACGUUUCUUCCAAACGGGAGGCACGUUCCAAAAUUACUACAUGUAUCACGGUGGUACCAAUUUUGGUAGAACAGCAGGCGGUCCAUACAUCACAACAUCGUAUGAUUAUGAUGCUCCCCUCGAUGAAUAUGGUGGUUUGAACCAACCAAAAUAUGGACAUUUGAAGCAACUCCAUAAUGUGCUAAAAUCAAUGGAGAGGACUCUUACCCAUGGAAAUAUUACAACCAAUGAUCUUGGCAAUAUGGUUUCGGUAACAAUUUAUGCAACUAAUGAAACAUCAAGUUGCUUCUUUGGCAAUGCAAAUGACUCCAGUGAUGCCACUGUCACCUUCCAAGGAAAUGACUAUAAUGUCCCUGCAUGGUCUGUCAGUAUUCUUCCAGAUUGCAAGAAUGAAGUAUAUAACACUGCAAAGGUAAAUACACAAACAUCAGUGAUGGUGAAGAAAACCAAUGAAGCUGAAAACGAACCAAGUGCGCUUAACUGGUCCUGGAGGCCUGAAAAUACCGAUAAAACUAUCAUGCUCGGACAAGGCCAUGUUUCAAAAACUCAGUUGUUGGAUCAGAAAUUUAUCGAUGAUGCUAGUGACUAUUUAUGGUAUAUGACGAGUGUCCAUAUCAAGAAGGAUGAUCCGAUUCAUAGUCAUAAUAUAAGCAUUAGAGUGAAUGGCACUGGUCAGGUACUACAUGCAUACAUCAAUGGCGAAUACAUAGGUUCUGAAUGGGCAACCUAUGGUAUUUUUCACUAUUUUUUUGAGAAAAAUAUAAAGUUGAAACAAGGGAAAAAUCAAAUAACGCUGCUCAGUGCUACAAUUGGAUUGCAGAAUUAUGGGCCACAAUUUGAUGAGAUAAAUACUGGAAUACCCGGUCCGGUUCAGUUGAUUGGGAGGAAUGGCGAUGAGACAAUCAUCAAGGACUUGUCGUCGCAUAAAUGGAAUUAUAGGGUUGGGCUACAUGGUCUCAACGAUGAGUUGUUUAGCUUAGAUUCACGGUUUGCUGCCAAAUGGCAAUCCGAUAAUUUGCCAACUAAUCAGAGGAUGAUGUGGUACAAGACAACCUUCCAAGCUCCAUUGGGAACCGACCCGGUCGUUGUGGAUAUGCAAGGCAUGGGCAAAGGUAUGGCUUGGGUUAACGGUCAAAGUAUUGGUCGAUACUGGCCAAGUUACUUAGCAAAAGAGGAUGGUUGUAGCCUUGAGGCUUGUGAUUAUCGUGGUACAUAUGACAAUAACAAAUGUGUUACCAAUUGUGGCCAACCUACACAAAGAUGGUACCAUGUUCCGCGCUCAUUUAUUCCUAAUGAUAUCAACACAUUGGUGCUUUUUGAAGAAUUUGGAGGCAACCCGGCGCAAGUGAAUUUCCAAACUGUUGCACCUGGAACUGUUUGUGGAAAUGCUUACGAGAAAAAUAAUAUGGAGUUGUCAUGCGAAGGGCGGCCUAUUUCAGACAUUCGAUUCGCUAGUUUUGGUGAUGUGAAAGGCACCUGUGGUUCCUUCAAAAAGGGCAGCUGCGAGGGUGGAAACAAUCCGAUUGACCUCUUGAAAACUGCAUGUCUUGGAAAAGUAAGCUGCUCGAUUCAAGCCUCGGACGAUGUUUUUGGGAAGUCAAACUGCACUAGUGGGACUACGAAGAGACUUGUCGUGGAGGCUGUUUGCUAGAUUUUUUGAGUUUUCAUUUAUUUUAGAGUAAAUAAUGAGAGUUUUUAUUUUAGGAUAUGGUAGAUUGUUAGCUUAGGGGUUGUAGUGAGGAUUUCUUAGUUGUGCAGCAUUCAUUUUGGGAACUGUUUUUGGAGUAAAUAAUAAAAUAGAAAUUUU